CUCCCUUCGCCCACCGCCGAGCUCGCAGCGACCGGCCAGACGCGCUUCCGCCCGUACUCGAGCCCCGACCACCAUGUCACCAAGGCCCGGUACAUCACAAGCAACGACCCGCGCGGGUACAUUCCGGUGUACGAGUACCCGCUAAACGGUCAGUGGAUCAUGCUGGACAUGGACGACGGAUACGUGCUCUGGACGGGCAUCUGGAAAGCCCUCGGGAACUCCAAAGCGGACAUUGUCAAGAUAAUCGACUCCCAGCCGGACCUCGCUGCACAGCUCCGCCGUGUCCGCGGGGGCUACCUCAAAAUCCAGGGCACCUGGAUGCCGUACGAGAUCGCCCUCCGCCUCGCUCGAAGGGUCGCCUGGCCGAUCCGCCACGACCUCAUCCCGCUCUUCGGC